AUGCAGCUUCUCAGCCAGGCAGUGCUGUCCUCGACGCCGGAAGCGUCAUGGGCCGUGUACGAAGGACUGCACGCCGACCUGCGACCUGCCAUUCCGGACGAUGUGUUUGUUUCCCUUAUCAGGCAUCAGUUGUAUCCAACCAACACGGAUGGGUCGCCUCUCCCGCCAGGCUCGGCGGAUAUCCGCAAGUCACGAGUAAAAGAGCUCCUCACGCUUGCGCGCAAGUGUGAGAUGGACCCUACGGUGCUCCCCGUUGACCUCAUGGAGCGGCUCUUGGGUACAUUCUUUGUCCAAGAGCAAAGAAAGAGGUUUGACCAACAAGUGAAAAACAUCAUCCUGUGGCUAUGGCCCGUCUACAAGAGCCACUACCACAAUGGCUCGUUUUCCACCAUGCCCAUCGAGAUGCGCAGACGGUGGCUCCAUCUCUGCUGCAAGAACAACGAAUUGCGGUCCGACCCCCCUCGUCUGUGGGAGGUCCUCGAGGAGAUUGUCGAGAACGGCGGUGCGCAAGGCCUCGAGGUCAAAGCCGGCCAAGCGGUGUCCAUCUAUAAAGGCGACGACGAGGACAUGCACUUUGCAGGUCUUCGACAAGCAGCCUGGUGUCUCGCUCGUGAGGUCAACAUUCCGUCCGACGACCUCGUCCUCCUCAUGUUCAGAAUCACCGAGGCUAUUGGCAAGCGCCUGCCGAACAAGGGCGGCGAGGAGUUUAUCCGCGCCGUCAACCGCAUUGGAGGCCUUAUCGAAGAGCUCCGUGACGGCGGGGCGGAUGAAGCUGCCAACACGCUGGAAGCGAGUUUGGAUAAAUUCAUCCAAGCUCAGCAACUGUAUCGGGACGACGCCCCGGCCUCUACUGUAGCCAUGGCGUCUCUUUCACGCGCAUUGCUGUUCCUAAGGGAACGACUCUCCCGGCAGUUCUUCACGCCAGCUCCCAAAGCGUCAAAGCGUGCACGGCGCCUGACCGACAGCGACCGUGACAACCUCAACCUACUUCUCCGACAUUGUGUCCGUUCCCUCACAUGGGAAGAAUCGGACAACCAAUACAUCCUCGGCAUGAUCAUCCCAGUCAUCACCAGUCAUCCCGUCGACACCGAGCUGUUACUUCAGUUCGUCGACGCUCUCAUUGUCACGGGCAUGAUCAUCACGCCUGCCAUUCCCACUGAUCUCAAGGCACAGCUCUUCGAAGCCUUCCUCAAGGCCGACCACCUGGACGAUCUGGCUGUGUAUUCAAGCGCCAUGAAGCUGUACUCUGCUCUACGCCGCAAGCCGGCGCCGGCACCAUCCCUUGACCAUGCGAGGAUCUGGAGGUGGACCGACAGGGCCGCAUGGAAGCUCUUCUUCAAUCGAGCCCUGUCCCAUGGUCACCUGCACUUUGCGUCUCGCCUGUACAUGGACAUCCAGGCGGACGGGUUGCGCGUUCCGCGCGCCCAGAGCCUGGCGUUUAUCCGCGCAAUCGCUUCCAAGCCGUCCAGCUCGCGCCUGGUGCUUUUGGAGCGUUACAUCAAGGACCUGCUGUACGAGCCCAACGCGCAGACCAACGACCUCAUUGCGGAGAUUUGGACGGCCAUGGCCAAUUCGCCUCGCGAAGCGGCGUUGGCGUUCCAGCUCGUGCGGCGUAUCAACCCGGCAGCGCCCAUCCCGUACCCGAUCAUCGACCAGAUCCUGCCUCAACUGGCCCUGUCGUCGCUCGCCGAGCACCGCACGCUCGCCACCCAGCUGUUGAGCAUUAUGCCGGAUACGCCGCACAAGAUGGCGAAAUACCACGAGGUCCUGGCCCAGUUCAACAAGAGCAUCCGUACGGCCGACCUGGGCAUGGAGUCGAGUCUCGCAGUGUACAAGUCGAUGUACGGCGACAAGGGCGCCGACGCCGACCCGCGGUCGCGCGGGCACACCGUCUCGCUCCUGCUGGACGGCAUGUGCAAGCUCGACCAGCUGGACAUGGCCCUCGGCAUGUUUCGCGAGAGUGUCGGGCGUAAAGUCAGCCUGACGCAGAACGGUCCUGCGUCACUCAUGAUCAAGCUCUCGCUCGCCCUGCGCCUGGACGAGGCGUACACCGUUGAGAAAGAGUUCUACUCGGUCGUCCCGGCCGACAACAAGUAUCCCCGCAUGGUCGGCGCGCGGAUCGUUGCCGACAUUUUGUCGGGCGUCGACAUCGACCUGGCCGUCUACUACAACCCGGAAAAGGACGUCAUGCGCAUGCACAAGGGAUACCGCCCCAGCCCGCGGUUCUACAAGUUUUUGCAGGACCUGCAGGUGGAAGCGCAGGCCGGGCUGCCCGGUAUGAGCGACACAUUUUUGGCCAAGGACGACGAGGCCGAUGGCGGCGAGCCCCCCGGCGCCGAGCCCGAGACGGCGUCCAUGGCAACGACCGAGGGGACCGCUCCAGAGGAGCCAGCGGAGAACAGUGCCGAUGUCGAGCCGGAACGCGAGCGCGCCAGCGCCGCCGUCCACUUUCGCAAGGCCGCACAGCCCCUCACCCGCUCAUGGAGCGGCGUGCCCAGUAAGGCCAGUGAGGCUGUGGACGGGCAUGGCGAGUGGACGCUCGAUAAGGAGUGGCACCACAGUGUCAACAUGUUACGGCCCACGUAG